AAAUUACCCUGAACCACCACCUGCACAGCCUACGGAGGAUGGGGCAAACUUUUCUGAAGAACCAAAGCUGAUGAGUGCUUCUUUGGUGAAAGCUGCUAAGCAGUUUGAUGCAUUGGUUGCAUCGCUUCCAAUAUCUGAGACAGGUGAAGAGGUACAACUUAAGCGGAUUGCAGAACUUCAAGCUGAAAAUGAUGCAAUAGGUCAAGAACUUCAGAAGCAAUUGGAAGCUGCGGAGAAAGAAUUAAAUCAAGUUCAAGAGUUGUAUAGCCAAGCAACAGAUAAUUGUUUGAACUUGAAGAAACCAGAUAUCAGUUAGUUGUUUGCUGGCAUAGCUCGGAGAAGAAUCACAAAUAUGAGCUUAUCUCAUCUCGACUCAAACCAGGGUCUGCUGCUGAAAGAUGUUACUUUUUAGCAUGAAGUCUUUAUUAUGAGAAAUAUUAUACGCUUUCAUGUAUUGUAAAUUGGUCAUGUUGCCAUGGCAUUUUGUAGAAACCUGUAAAGAUAAUGAUGGUAAUUGCUCUCCCCAUAAGAAAAACUGCAGCUGUUUUGUGCUUGACAACCGUUAAAAAUGAAGAUAAAAUGGAGUUUAGCAGGGUCCUUGAAGCAAUCAAGGCUAACUUCA